AUGGGCGGCCGCUCCCGAGCGCGCAAGGCGGCCGCGGUGCUGGGCGUCACAGGGCUGCUGUGCGCGGCGCUGGGAGCCGUGAUGAUCCUCCUGGUGCCCUCGCUCAUCCGGCAGCAGGUCGCCAAGAACGUGCGCAUCGACCCAAGCAGCCUGUCCUUCAGCAUGUGGAAGGAGAUCCCGGUACCCUUCUACAUGUCCGUCUAUUUCUUUGACGUUAUGAACCCUGACGAAGUGCUGCAGGGCGCGACGCCGGAGGUGCAGGAGCGCGGACCCUACGUGUACAGGCAGUUCAGGCGCAAGAACAGCAUCUCCUUCCAUGACAACGACACGGUAUCCUUCCGGGAGAAUGGCAGCUUCCAUUUCCAGCCGGACAAGUCGCGAGGCUCAGAGAGCGACUAUAUCAUGCUGCCCAACAUCCUGGUCAUGGCGGCCUCAGCCAUGAUGGAGCACCGGCCCGCAGGCCUGAAGCUGCUGAUGACGCUUAUGUUCACCACGAUGGGGCAGCGCGCCUUCAUGAACCGCACAGUGGGCGAGAUCAUGUGGGGCUACGACGACCCGCUGCUGGACUUCCUUAACAAGUAUUUACCCGGCACGCUACCCUUCAAGGGCAAGUUCGGGCUGUUCGCAGGGCUGAACAACUCGGACUCCGGGCUCUUCACGGUGUUCACAGGGGUGAAGAACCUCAGCCGCAUCCAUCUUGUGGACAAGUGGAACGGGCUCAGCAAGGUCAACUACUGGCACUCUGAGCAGUGCAACUCCAUCAACGGCACUUCCGGGCAGAUGUGGCCGCCGUUCAUGACCCCUGAAUCCUCGCUGGAGUUCUACAGCCCCGAGGCCUGCAGGUCCAUGCGGCUCAUCUACCAGGAGGAGGGUGUGUUCCAGGGCAUCCCCACCUACCGCUUUGUGGCCCCUAAGACCCUGUUCGCCAAUGGCUCUGUCUACCCGCCCAAUGAAGGCUUCUGCCCAUGCUUGGAGUCCGGCAUCCAGAACGUCAGCACCUGCAGGUUCGGGGCGCCCCUCUUCCUCUCCCACCCGCACUUCUACAAUGCGGACCCGAUCCUGGCAGAAAGCGUGCUUGGCCUGCACCCCAAUGCAGAGGACCAUGCCCUCUUCUUGGACAUCCACCCGGUGACCGGGAUCCCCAUGAACUGCUCCGUGAAGCUGCAGCUCAGCCUCUACAUCAAAGCCAUCAAGGGCAUUGGGCAAACAGGGAAGAUCCAGCCAGUGGUCCUGCCGCUGCUGUGGUUUGCGCAGAGCGGGGCCAUGGAGGGCAAGACGCUCCGCACGUUCUACACGCAGCUGGUGCUGACCCCCAACAUCCUGCACUAUAUACAGUACGUGCUACUGGCGCUGGGCUGCGCGCUGCUGCUCAUCACUGUCGUCUACCAGGUCCGCAGCCAGGGUUGCAAGGACGCCCUGGGCCAGCCAGGUGGGGCCCCCUGGUCGGAGGGGCCGCCCAGCCCCCGCACGCCCCUGCUGCAGGAGCCAUCGCCCCAGGCCCUGGCCUGAGCCUGCCGUGGCUGAGCAGGGUCACUUAGGGAUGGAGCCACCUGGGACCAGAAGCGGCUUGGUGUCGUGCGCUGUUCUGGAAGCUCCUCUGCCAGGGCCACGGCAACCUGCACACCACAUCUCUCCCUUGGGCGUGCCUGGCCUGGUCCGUGUCACCAGCUUGUGACAGUUAUCAUUCUGGUCCCCUCCUGUCCCGCAGGACAUGUGCAGCUCCACCAGCCACCUGCCUGUGUGAGGUGGGCCACAACCCAGGGCCAGGCCCACCCUGAGCCCAGCUGUGCCUCCGUGCCAAGGCCAGGCUGUUGGGGCCCAGGACUUGAGGGGACCAGGUACCUGCAGUGGCCGCCCUGUCCCCACCCCAGGUGCUGGGGUCCAGAGGAACACACGGGCACUGGCUGGGGUCUGGGUCCUCCCUGGCCACUGACAACAUGCUGCGUACUGAGCCCCCCAGCUCUCAGGGCCCCUGGGGAGAGGGCCCAGGGCCUAGCCUGGUGGUCUCUGGGCAUCCCCAGGAAUAGGGGGACCCUGCACCCCACGCCAGGUCCCUGGACACGCCCUUGUCCCUUUUCUACUGGAAGAGAAAUGAGUUUUACCAUCUUACAGCGACCUUACCGUGAAAGCAAUAAACCUUUUACAGAAGUGAG